AUGAUUCAUGUCAGACAUGUUAAUACAGCAAGAUCAAGCGUUGCUGAACCUAGUAAAAAGCCAACAACAAGCAAUCCUAGAAAGGCCAUGCCCCAGAGAUAUCAAAGAAGUCAUCCAUUAGAUGAUUAUAACGAACACCUACGAAUCUCUUUUCAGAAAAGGAGUGACAUUCAAACCAAUGACAUGCAAUCGUUUAUCGAUAAAAAUUUCCUUGAAACUGUUCGUCUUAUGAAAAGAGAGGAAAGACAACGAUCAACCGUACACAAAAAGCUCAACCCAAAGUUUAAGGAUGAAAAGAUAGUGGAAAAAGUAGCAGGGCGGAAGAGAAUUAAUGAAUUAUUAAGAGAUAAUUCUAAAAAUUUAUCAGGUUUGAUGCCAAUGCCUGCAAGAAGACAAUUAGAACCAGAAAAAUGUAGAUCACCUCGUAGGACUCCAAUUUAUUACUGGGGAUGA